AUGUCGUCAGCAGAGCUCUGGGAAGAACAUAAAAAAGUGCUACACGGAGAAUAUUGGGAUAGUUCACCGGAAGAUCUCUCAAAAGAGGCGAUAGUAUUUGCAAACGCAUGCGCAGAAGCUCAGCGUUUGAGACUAGAGCUUGAGCAGCCACCAGUCCCCACAAAAUGGAAGCAGCAUGAAGAAAGAAGUAUCGAAGAAGAGCGAAAACGUCUCGAUAAACUAAGAGAACUCAAUCGCCUACAAGAGAAGGAGAAACAUUUGACUGAGCAGUUAGUCAAGCUUAUGGCAGAAAAUAGCCUAAGUGAAGGCGAUGGCGCAGAAAAUAGCCAGCAAGCAAAUAUAAAUGGGAGUUUUGACCUCGAAAAAACAAGAAAAGCAAUUUAUACCGCUGUGCAUCGCCGAAAGGAACAGCAAAGUGCUCAAACAUAA